AUGGAGAACUACCAGAAGAUGGAAAAGAUUGGCGAGGGCACAUACGGUGUUGUUUACAAAGCCCGCGACCUCACCACCCCCGACAACCGCAUCGUCGCACUCAAGAAGAUCCGCCUGGAAGCCGAAGAUGAAGGCGUACCCUCGACAGCCAUCCGCGAGAUCUCGCUCCUCAAGGAGAUGAGCGACCCCAACAUCGUGCGCCUGUUCAACAUUGUCCACGCCGACGGCCACAAGCUGUAUCUCGUCUUCGAAUACCUCGACCUGGAUCUGAAGAAGUACAUGGAGGCUCUGCCCGUCUCACAGGGCGGCCGUGGAAAGCCUCUUCCCGAGGGCUGCAUGGACGGCCGCGCUGGCCACAUGGGACUCGGCGAGGCCAUGGUCAAGAAGUUCAUGCACCAACUGUGCGCUGGUAUCCGCUACUGCCACGCCCACCGCAUCCUUCAUCGCGAUUUGAAGCCGCAAAACCUGCUCAUUGACAAGGAGGGCAACCUGAAGCUUGCUGACUUCGGUCUGGCAAGAGCCUUUGGUGUCCCUCUCCGCACCUACACUCACGAGGUCGUCACUCUCUGGUACCGCGCACCUGAGAUUCUCCUUGGUGGACGCCAAUACAGCACCGGCGUCGACAUGUGGUCGGUCGGAUGCAUCUUUGCAGAGAUGGCCACACGCAAGCCUCUCUUCCCUGGCGACUCGGAGAUCGACGAGAUCUUCAAGAUCUUCCGCAUCCUUGGUACCCCUACUGAGGUCGACUGGCCCGGCGUCACCAGCUUCCCUGACUUCAAGCCCAGUUUCCCCAAGUGGUCUCGCAACCCUGACGACGACAUCAUCAACCACGAUGGCGCAAGAGUCCUGGGUGAGGACGGUAUCGACCUUCUAGAGUCGCUACUCAUCUACGAUCCCGCCGGCAGAAUCUCUGCAAAGCAGGCCUGCCUACACCCCUACUUCAACGACUCAAAGUACUACGGUGCGCGAAACGGUUACCACUAG